CUGGUACUUGCUGGUACUUGACUGGUUCUUCCUGGUUUUUUAUUAGUUUUCUCACUUCUUUACUGUUUACACAGAGGAUCAGUUCAAUUAGUUCCAAGUAUAGCUCGUCUAACUGCGCAGUUCUUUUUUUGCUUCCCUCUCAGUCAACAUAAACACACUUCGAUUAUUUGUUCAACUGUAUUAUUUUCACUUCUAUAAUUCAGAAAUUUUGUUUCAAAAAAAAAAAAUUAAGAUGUUACACGGAAUAGAAGGAUUAGAAGAAGACAAUGGUUAUGUCAUUGUAUAUACAGAUGGUUGUUGUUUCAAUAAUGGUCGUUCAGGUGCUAAAGCUGGAAUUGGCGUAUUUUUUAAUGAUGGACAUCGUCUUAAUGUUUCGGAACCAUUAACUGGAAGGGCAACCAAUCAACGUGCCGAAAUACAGGCGGUUAUCGCAGCAUGUGAACGUGCAAUCAAUGAAGGAGUUCAAUUAUUACAAAUUAAUACAGAUUCUAAAUAUGUUGUCAAUUGUGUAACUAAAUGGAUUCAUAUUUGGCGCAGGAAUGAUUGGACUAACGCAAGAGGAAAUCCAGUUUCUAAUAAACAAGAUAUUAAAAGAAUGAUGUAUUUAAUUGACACUUAUCUUCAUAUAAAAAUGGUCAGAGUCUCAGCGCACAGUGGCAUUCAUGGAAAUAUUCAAGCCGAUAAAUUAGCUAAAAAAGGAGCUGCAAGAUAUUGAAAAUUUAAUUUUUCAAAAUAUAUUCUAUACAUUUAUCACUAAAAUCUAUAUUCUUAUAAAAUAUUUUUAUAUUCUUAUAAAUUUGUAAUUAUUUUCAAAGAAAAAAAAAUAUAUUCUAUUUUUUCAUUA